AUGCCUGUUCUUAUGUGGUCAAGUGAUAAGAGCAUAGUUACAGACGAUAAUGUAUUUGCUGGAGAAAUUCUUGAUGUUCAAGAAGCCCAAAAACGUUUACUUCCUAUAUUUUCCGGUAAACCUCGAACUGUCUGCUUCUUCGUGCAAAACAGACUAAGUUUAAAUGAUGUUACAAGAUUUGGCCAUGUUUAUGGUUAUGAACAAACAAGAUCAAGUUUUCAUCAUCUAAAGCUGGCAAUUCAAAAUGCCAAAUCCUCUCUGAUAUUGCCAUCUGUUAUGAAUGCUGAUGUUCUAAAGGAGUUCUUGAAGAAGGCAGCGUCCGGUAAAGUGUUAGAGCUAACAGCGAAAGAAGCUAAGAAAUUUAAAUUUAAUGAUCAUCACUUCGAUAAUGACGCUAUCAACGCAAUUAUCGUUCAUCUACCAAGAGUACCAGUGAGGCAAGCAUGA